CUCUUCAGUUUGCCUUUGGUAGCGUAGAUGGCAAGUUGUGAUUGGUUGGAGCUCACAGGUUGUCCACUCCUCAUUGGUCCAGGUGGGGAUUGCCGGAAUGGAUGUCAACACAAGAUGGUACUCAGCACAUUUCCUUCAGCCCUUGCAAACCACUAGGGUUCAAUCUUUGUCUGCCAGUGGGAGCACACAUCUCCAUUGGGUCCACAAUCAUAGUUUCUAUUCCAUAGACAAGUCCCUUUAUUUCCACUGAGUGGGAAAAGACCCUACCAAAUGAAGGUCUUUGUUACCCUUUUGGCCUUGUGCCUUUCGCUCAACCCAGUUUUGGGUGGUGGGGACGAUGGUCCCGGAGACCCAGAGUUCUCGGCCAAUGAUGGGGACCUGGAAAGUCCGGUGAACCCUUUGGAAGUUCCUCAAGGAAACUACCAUGUCAUUGAGGAUGAGGGCGUCUAUGUGCUCAACCGUGAUACCUUUGCCCAUUUUGUCAUGCCCAAGCCUUUGGUUUUGGUCGAGUUCUACGCCCCCUGGUGCGGUCAUUGCAAGAAACUUGAGCCAGAAUACUCGAAAGCCGCCAAGAAAUUGAAGGAUGAUGGUAUUCCUUUGGCCAAAGUGGACGCUUCCAAGGAAAGCGAAUUGGCCAAAGAGUAUAUGGUUCAAGGUUUCCCCACUCUCACCCUCUUCAGGAAUGGGGUCAAGAUUGAAGAUUACGAUGGUGGCAGAACCGCCAAGGAUAUCAUCGAAUACAUGCAAAGACAAAAUGAUCCGGACUGGAAGCCCCCACCAAGUGCCGUGGUCACUCUCACCGCCGACAAUUUCACGAAAUUCAUUAAGGAGCAAAAGUUGUCAUUGGUUGAGUUCUACGCACCUUGGUGCAAGCAUUGCAAGCAGAUUGAGCCUGAAUAUGAAGGGGCUGCUGCUGAUUUGAAGGAAUGGGGUAUUCCCUUGGCUAAAGUGGAUGGAACCCGGGAGAAAGAGUUGGCCGAUCAAUACGGCGUGGGAGGAUGGCCGACUCUGAAAAUGUUCCGAAAAGGACGAGUCUAUGAAUAUAACGGGCCCCGCGAGAAAGAGAACAUCAUCAACUUCAUGAAGGAGCAAUCCAAGCCUCCAUCUGAAGAGAAGAACAACCUGUUAGGGAUCACCAACAACAUGGACAGACUCGAAAUUAGUGUGGUCGGAUUUUUCAAGGGCAAGAGUGAUCUGUUCGACGAGUACAUUGUGGCGGCCAAUGAAAUGCGUGGAACCUUCAAGUUCAUGCACACUUUUGACGAAUCCAUUGCCACCAGCUUCAAGUUGCCCCAGGAGACCAUUGCCGUUUUCCAACCCGAGAUCUUCCAUUCUGAGUUCGAGAACAGUACUUUCUCGUUGAGCAAGAAAUCUGCGACCUAUAAGGAGAUCAUCCAAUUUGUCAGGAGGAACAGCGUUCCCUUGGUGGGACAAAGGACCAAGAAGAACGCCUUCAAGUACACCGAGCGACCAUUGGUUGUCAUCUACUACGAUGUGAACUACGACCAUCAGUACGUGAAGGACACACAAUUCAUCCGAAAGAAAGUCUUGGAGGUUGCCAAGAACUUCUUGGGAUCUAACCUGAAGUUUGCCAUCAGCAACGAAGAAGAAUACGAAGAGGAAAUCAAGGCAUUGGGAUUCGAGGAUUCUGGAGAAGACGUCAAUGUGGGCUGCUUUACUGAGAAGCAGAAGUUCAGAAUGAAGGCCACCAGUGAGUUCGAAACCGAGGAUUUGAGCCAGUUCAUUGACGAUCUCCGCACAGGAAAGGUGAAGCCUUACAUGAAAUCCCUGCCCGUGCCCAAGGCACAAGAAGGUAUCGUCAAGAAGAUUGUGGCCAACAACUACGAUGACGAGAUCCAUAAGGUCAAGAAGGACGCCGUGAUCUUCUUCCAUGCUCCAUGGUGCGGCCAUUGCAAGGAAUUUGAUCCUGUUUUCAAGAAGGUGGCCAAGAAGAUGUCCAAGAACAACGAGAACCUUGUGUUCGGCAAGAUGGACGGGACCACCAAUGACAUCCCGUACAUGUUCCCUCCCCUAAAGGGAUAUCCCACCGUGUUCUUCCUCUCCGCCUAUGAGAAAUUCGACCCUAUUCAGUACCAGGGCGAUCGCAGCUAUAAAUCGGUCAAGGACUGGAUUAACCGGCAUUCGAGUAUUUUCCUCACUGAAGAGGAGCGAACAGGUCAAGCCGCCUCUGAAGAGGAGGAGAUUGAGUCCUUCACAAGUGAGAACUUCGAGGACGAUGUCCACAAACCGAGAGAGGAGGAGGAUCAAGCUGAAGAAGAGGAACAAAAGGAAAAGGACGAGCUCUAGAGUGUCCCUCGCGCUCGCAGCAGAAAGCUCGGUU